AUUGCAGCUUCAGAAGUUUGCUAUGCGGUUCUCGACAUGUUCUGAUGCAGAAUCAUUCCUUGGUUUUGUGAAGGAGAUGGUGGAUGAUGCUCCUCAUGAAUGUGAAAUUUCAUCUCAUUCUGAAAUACUUUCCCCGGCUGGCCUUUAUACUAGUGUUGAAGAGCCUAUGCCAAUGAAUGAUGGGGGAAUUCCAGCUUCUGAUGACAACAAAGAGCCGGAGUUAUCACAACAUUCAAUGCUCUUUAGCAGUGCUCCAUCGAUUUCUUCUGAGCUUCCACACAGCUUUACGGAGCUUCUAAACAAUUGCUUGAGCGACAAUACUGAAAAAGUUAUCGAUCAAACAGUUCAUAUAGGUGAACCUGAUCUUGGAUCUCAUGCUAAGGAGUACCUGGUGAAUCCUUUACGACAAGCUGCACCUGAGCAGCUUGGAUCAAUGGAAGAAGGUGACAUCAUGGCCAACAUUGAGUGCAUGUCAGAUGCUACUUUUCAUGAUAUGCUCUCCAUGCUGGAGAAGACUAUCUAUGAGUUGGGUGGUAACUUAGCACUGGAGGUGACUGGCCCCUCUUUUGAUGAAAGGCGUGUUAAUUCUCCAGGCUCUUAGUUCCGAAGGUCAAAAAAUUGCAGUUUUGAUGCUUGGCAAGCACAACAGGUUGUAAUUAUGCAGUCAAUCUGCUAUUACAGAAGCAAUUUGUUUGUUAUUCCCUUAGAACUCUGAAAAAGAGGAAAUAGCAGUUAGCACAUCCCUACCAAUGUGACAGUCGUUGAGCUUCUCUUUAUGGGAUUUUAGAUGUGAAGAGGGGAUAGACUUUAGUUUUUUUCCUGAGAAAAAAGUGAAUGGGCAUGAAGGCAUUGAUUGUUAAUUGGCAUAGAAAAUGACAUUUCAACAACUCUCUCUUUUGUCCAUGGCUAGAAAUGAUAAGAUAAUUCAAAGACGUUUCUUAUGUCAGUGAAAGGAUAUAGCAAGAUAUCACUUGUGGCAUUAAUAGGAAUACAAGG